GGAGCAAGCAAGCACGUCCAUCCAUCCACGCAGUAGCAGCCAGCAGCAUGGCGGGGCGGCUUGCUGCCGUGCCGGAGGAGAGCAUGGGCUGCUCCACGGCUGCCUACCCGCCGCGUGGCGUCUACCUCGACUGGAUCCGGACGGUCGCCGUGUCCGGAGCGCAGAUAAGAUCGACUACCUUGUCCCAUUCCCACUCCCACUCCGAUUAUAGCGGAUCGAGCUACUCCAGCGCUUCGAAUUCUCACCUGUCCUCCAACAACUCCGGCUGCUCCUCCGGUUCGGCGUCCGCCGUUACAUUCGGUGGCCAAGAAGAGCUUAAGAGGAUUGCUCGCCUAAUGGUCAGCGACGGGUACACACAGCGGAUGGUCCAAGCAUUCCACGCCACAUCUUUGGCGCAAGGUCUUGGAAACGGCGGCGACCCAGACACAGACAGCGUGCUUGAGACUUGGUUCUCCGACCUCGACGUGGGUUGGGUUCUCGAAACCUGCCAAGAGCAUGGCUCACUGCAGCAGCUCCAACUCCAAGACCAGUCCGCGUCGUUUUUGCAGGACUUGGUGGAGAGGUGGAUCCGAGGCCUCACCAUAACUUUGCAGAGUAUACUUGAGAUGGUGUCCACUCGCCACGAGAUGGUGGCAGUCGCACGGUUUGGCAAAGCGAGCAUUUCAAAGAUGCUCGUGUUCGUCGAUGCCUUCCUCCUCUCUGAUGUCAAGGCAGAGAAGCUACAGGCCGUGCUAGAUAUGUAUAUAUGCGUCUCCAGGGCAUCAUACAUGUUUACGUUGGAUGUAAUGUCUGCGGAAGCCCAAGGCAUGUUCAACGAGACAAGCGGCUCGUUGAGGAGUGGAAGGGACAGGCUAAAAGAUGCCGUUUUCAGUGGCACGAUGGAAGAGAUGAGCAAAGUCAUGGACGACGGUGACGACGGCUUAUGGGCUAUCGAAAUCAAGCACGGAGGAGGCGGGAUUCACAAGAACACCCGUUUGGGGGUGGGUUUCAUCAUGUCCUUGUUUAAAGCAGCAGGUGGCCACAACUCCCAGAAACGCCCCGUAUACCUUGGUGGCCUGGUAAAUGACAUGAUCCAUUAUCUAAUGGAUUUGCUCUGCAGAAAAUCAGAGUUGUGCACAGAUCUAAGCCUGAGGUACCUGUUCCUGCUCAACAAUUCUCAUUUCGUAAUGCAGGAGUGUGACUCAUUUUUCUCUUUCGACACUAUGUUGUUGGUGUGGCCUGAGCGCUUGGCGACAUUAUGUGAACCUACAUCUGAACUAGCACCUGACCUUACAAGCGAGUGUAAUCGGUACAUGGCUAGCUAUCUCGAUGCUUCCUGGGGACAUGUGUUGUCCAGCAUACCGAGGUCGCAUUUUCCUGGACCUAUUCAUCGCUGGAUCUACACCUCUUCACUCACUAAAUUCGAGUCAGCAUUUCAUCAAACUUGCCAGGCUCAGAAGUUCUGGAAAGUGCCAGACCCUGGACUCAGAGAUGUGCUGCGGAGAGUUAUCACCGAGAGAGUAAUUUCAAGUUACCGGGACUACCUCAAGGAGCAUCCGGAGCUAGCAGAACAUGUUAACCGCGGAAGCACAAGUCCCGAUGUUCUGGAGGGCUUGCUGGGAGAGCUAUUUCAAGGGUGAAAAGUGCUUGAGGCAUCAAACAGAGUUACCUGAUAAAUCAGAGGCCGGUGAUGCUUCGCUGUUGUAUUUGGAUCUUUUUUUCCCCUUUCCUUUUGAAGUGAAGCUGUAUUCUGAAUCCCGUUUGCAACUUAAUAAACGGCAGACGCUGUCAUCAACUAGGCAACAGUUGCAGGUGCAUUACUCUUUGGUUUCGCGGUUCCAUGUCAAGUACUUCCACAUUCUGCUUGUGCUACAUAGGUACUCUGAUUGCCAUGUCCAGUUCUGAUUAUACAGCAUCAUAUAUGCAGACUUGCUUUUCUCUAUA